CAAUGGUCCCGUGGAUAAACUGCUCAGUAACUAGGGCACGUUAGGGGACAAGUUUCAUUGUUGUGCAAAUAUUGCAUUUAUCGUUUAUCUGGUUCGACGAUGUGGAUACCUACAGACAAUGAAAAAUACGGUGUCGUAAUAUCUGGCUUUCGGGGAACAGUCCCUUAUGGUUUACCAUUGGAAGUGGGGGACACAGUUCAAAUAUUAGAAAAAUGCGACGGUUGGUACAGAGGAUUUGUUUUAAGAAAUCCAAGCACGAAGGGAAUUUUCCCCGCUGCCUAUAUUCACUUGAAAAAUGCAAAUGUCAAAAACAAAGGGCAAUUUGAAACAAUCAUUCCAACAGAAGACACAGUCAUCACAGAAAUGACAGGAACUUUACGAGAAUGGGGGAUAAUGUGGAAACAGCUUUAUGUGAAGAAUGAAGGGGAUUUGUUCCACCGACUGUGGCAUGUGAUGAAUGAACUGCUUGAUCUCCGUAGGCAGGUCCUUGUGGGGCAUCUAACCCAUGAUCGGAUCAAAGAUGUAAAACGGCACAUUACAGCCCGCCUGGAUUGGGGAAAUGAGCAACUGGGUCUGGAUCUGGUUCCGAGGAAAGAAUUCAGUAUGGUUGAUCCUGAAGAAAUCAGUGUUACAGAAUUGUAUAAAUUGAUGGAGCACAGACAUCGAAAGAAGGAUACCCCCAUUCCAACAAGCACUCACCACCUCUUUCUUCAAAUGAAAAGUUUGAUGUGUGCUAACUUAGGGGAAGAACUUGAGGUCUUCUUUUCGAUUUAUGACAGCCGAGAGAAUCAGCCCAUCAGUGAAAGAUUCUUUGUAAAGUUGAAUAAAAAUGGUUUGCCAAAAUUUCCAGAGAGAAUGGAAAGACAGUGCACACUUUUCAUUGAUUUGGGGAGCAGUGAUCUCAGAAAGGAUAUAUACAUUACUGUUCACAUUAUAAGACUGGGUCGAAUGGCGGCGGGAGAAAAGAAAAAUGCUUCCAAUGCACAAUAUCGGCGGCCAUUUGGCUGUGCAGUCCUGAGCAUUGCAGAUUUGCUCCAAACUGAGAGGGAGAACAGAGAUUCUAAAGAGGACCACAUGCUUAAAGUCUACAUGUGUAAUACCGAAAGUGAGUGGUGUCAGAUACAUGAGAAUAUUAUCAAGAAGCUAAAUGCACGAUACAAUCUGACAAGUUCAAAUGCUGGUUUAUCUGUGGCACUACAGCUGCUACAUGGAGAUAUUGAUCAGAUCCGAAGGGAGUUCCCGGUUUUGUUUACAAGAGGUGUGGCUAUCACCAGAAAAUUAGGCUUCUCAGAUAUUAUAAUGCCAGGUGACAUCAGAAAUGACCUGUACAUAACACUGGAGCGAGGGGAAUACGAGAAAGGAGGCAAGAGCGUGGCCAGGAACGUGGAAGUAACAAUGUAUGUUUUAGAUAGCGAGGGGCAGGUAUUAAAGGAUUGUAUUUCACUAGGAUCUGGAGAAGUGCCAGUGAGUGAGCAUCACUCAUUUGUGCUUUAUCACAACAAUAGCCCCAGAUGGGGUGAGCUGCUGAAGCUUCCGAUUCCCGUGGAUAAAUUUCGGGGUGCACACAUCCGCCUGGAAUUCAGGCACUGUUCCACAAAAGAAAAAGGGGAGAGGAAACUUUUUGGGUUCUCCUUUGUUCCACUGAUGCAAGAAGAUGGCAGAACAUUACCAGACGGUAUUCAUGAGCUCUUGGUCCACAAGUGUGAAGAAGGCACAAACUUUCAGGACCCUACUCGCUACCUCAAACUUCAUUAUUGUAAAGGGAUCAAUCAGCCAGUUAAAGCUUCCAAGGAGACAUUUUGGAUCUCAUCAUUUCUGUGUUCCACUAAGCUCACUCAGAAUGGGGAUUUGCUGGAUUUUUUGAAAUGGAGAGCCCACCCAGAAAGAAUAUGUGACAUUCUCUCAAAAUUCAAAGAUAUCGAUGGUGCAGAAAUAGUUAAGUUUUUGCAAGAUACACUGGAUGCGUUAUUUGGAAUUUUGGAUGAGAAUUCCCAAAAGUAUGGAUUGAAAGUUUUUGAUUCACUGGUUCAUAUCAUAAAUUUGCUCCAGGAUAUCAAGUUUCAGCAUUUUAAGCCAGUUAUGGAUACGUACAUAGAGAGUCAUUUUGCCGGAGCAUUAGCCUACAGGGAUCUUAUAAAAGUACUGAAAAGAUACAUUGAUCGUUCAAUAGAAGCAGAGAGACAAGAGCAUAUUCAAGAUGUGCUGAGGGCACAGGAAUAUAUAUUUAAGUAUAUUGUUCAUUCUCGGAGCUUGUACACUCUUGCAACUGGUGGACAGAAUGAGGAAGAAUUUCGAAAUAGCAUUUAUGAACUAUUCCAGUCAGUGAGAUACUUCCUUUCCAUUGAGAGCCAGGGAUCAUCCAUCAUCACACAAACUCAGGCCGUGUUUCUCAGCUCCUUUCCAGCUGUAUACUCAGAGCUACUGAAACUGAUAGAUGUGCGAGAAGUUUCAAAUCUGGUUAGAGACACGUUGCGCAGCAUGCCAGAUAUCCUGCAUGUGGAAUAUUCACUAGAAGCUGUCAAACUUCAGUGCAUUGCUAAAACAGUAGAGAGCCAACUUUUUGCUAAUCCCGAUUCUCGUUGCAUUCUCCUCCCUGUGGUUCUUCAUCAUCUGCACAUGCAUUUGCAAGAACAGAAGGAUCUUAUUAUGUGUGCACGCAUCCUUAGUGCAAUGUUUUGUCUCAUCAAGAAGGACGGCACUGAGAAGACUGUUUCUGAGGAGGUGGAUAUGCUUGUGGACAGCUUGUUGGGUAUGUUGCUGAGAACAAUAUUAGAAAUCAGCAACAGGCCACAGCCCUCCGGACCCACAAUUCGUUUGCAGUUUCAGGAUGUGACUGGGGAGUUUGUGGCUUGCCUGCUUGCUCUGCUCAGGCAGAUGACAGAUAAACAUUAUCAACAAUUUCUGGAGCACUUCACCAGCAAAGAUGAUCUCAGGGAUUUUCUGCUGCAGAUUUUUACAGUGUUUAAGAUUCUAACAAGGCCGGAGAUGUUUCCAAAAGACUGGACGAUAAUGCGCUUGGUUACAAACAAUGUGAUCAUCACUACAAUCCUGUAUCUCUCAGAUGCACUUAGAAAGAACUUUCUAAAUGAAAGCUUUGACUUCAAGGUGUGGGAUUCUUAUUUCUAUUUGGCAGUAAUAUUUAUCAAUCAGCCUUGUCUUCAGCUAGAGUUAUUUUCACCAUCAAAAAGGAAGAAAGUUCUGGAAAAGUACGGAGACAUGAGGGUGAUGAUGGGGUGUGAGAUCUUCAGUAUGUGGCAAAACCUAGGAGAACACAAGCUGCACUUUAUCCCUGGACUGAUUGGACCAUUUCUUGAAGUAACUCUUGUACCUCAGGCAGACCUUCGUAAUGUGAUGAUCCCAAUUUUCCAUGACAUGAUGGACUGGGAGCAGAGACGUACCGGAAAUUUCAAACAGGUGGAAGCAAAAUUGAUAGACAAGCUGGACAGUUUGAUGUCGGAAGGCAGAGGUGAUGAAACUUACCGGGAGUUGUUCAACAGCAUCCUGCUGAAAAAAAUUGAGAGAGAAACCUGGCGAGAAAGUGGUAUUUCUCUAGUAGCUACUGUAACUCGCCUAAUGGAAAGGUUGCUGGAUUACAGGGACUGCAUGAAAGUGGCGGAGGUGGAUGGCAAAAAGAUUGGCUGUACAGUUAGCCUGUUGAAUUUUUAUAAGACAGAAAUUAAUAAAGAAGAAAUGUACAUCCGUUACAUACAUAAGCUGUAUGAUUUGCAUUUAAAGGCUCAAAAUUUCACAGAAGCUGCAUACACUCUGCUAUUGUAUGAUGAGCUCUUGGAGUGGUCGGAAAGGCCACUGCGAGAAUUCCUUCAUUACCCAAUGCAGACUGAGUGGCAGCGCAAGGAGAUCCUCCAUCUUACCAUCAUCCAGAACUUUGACAAGGGCAAAUGCUGGGAAAAUGGGAUUAUCCUUUGUCGUGAAUUAGCAGAUCAGUAUGAGAGCUUCUACGAUUACCGCAACCUCAGCAAGAUGAGGAUGAUGGAAGCUGCUUUCUAUGAUAAAAUAAUGGACCAACAGCGUUUGGAGCCUGAAUUUUUCAGAGUUGGGUUUUAUGGAAAGAAAUUUCCAUUCUUCCUCCGAAACAAGGAGUUUGUUUGUCGAGGACAUGAUUACGAGAGAUUGGAGGCUUUCCAACAGCGAAUGUUGAACGAGUUCCCACAUGCAAUUGCUAUGCAGCACGCCAACCAACCUGAAGAGACCAUUUUUCAGGCUGAUGCACAAUACCUGCAGAUUUAUGCAGUAAUUCCCAUUCCUGAGAAUCAUGAUAUACUGCAGAAAGAAACUAUACCUGAUCAUAUUAAGAGUUUUUAUAGAGUCAACAACAUCUGGCGGUUCAGAUAUGACAGGCCAUUUCACAAAGGAAUCAAAGAUAAAGAAAAUGAGUUCAAGAGUUUAUGGGUUGAGCGGACGACGUUGACAUUAGUUCAGAGUUUACCAGGUAUUUCCCGCUGGUUUGAAGUGGAUCGGCGGGAAGUGGUUGAAAUGAGUCCACUUGAAAAUGCGAUUGAGGUGCUGGAGAACAAGAACCAACAGCUGCGAACCCUAAUCACCCAGUGCCAGUCAAGGCAGAUGCAGAAUAUAAACCCCCUGACCAUGUGCCUCAAUGGGGUCAUCGAUGCAGCAGUUAAUGGAGGACUUGCCAGAUAUCAAGAGGCGUUCUUUGUGAAGGACUACAUUCUCAACCACCCUGAAGAUGGGGAGAAAAUCUCUCGCCUGAGGGAGCUUAUGUUUGAGCAGGCGCAUAUUCUGGAGUAUGGGUUGGCCGUACAUGAAAAAUUUGUGCCCCAAGAUAUGAGGCCAUUGCAUAAGAAGCUGGUGGAUCAGUUCUAUGUGAUGAAGUCCAGAUUGGGUCUGCAGGACUUCCCAGCAUAUUCCCGUGUGAGUCCCAUACACCUAACAAACGGAAGUCCCCGUACUUGCCGAAAUCCUGCCCUGGGUGCUAUAAGCCCAGAUGGAGCCAGAAUCGUCAACAGACGCAGCCCAUUAAGUUAUCCAGCAUUCAACAGAUAUUCUUCUUCAUCCUUGUCAUCUCAAGCAUCAGCUGAAGUUAGCAACAUCACCGGGCAGUCUGAAAGCUCUGAUGAAGUCUUUCAUAUGCAGGCAAGUCCGUCUACCUCAAGCUUAAGCUCCACACAUUCAGCCUCCCCGAAUGUAACAAGCUCAGCUCCAUCCAGUGCUAGAGGUUCCCCAUUGCUCUCUGAUAAGCACAAACAUACAAGAGAAAAUACGUGUCUUUCUCCCAGAGAACGGCCCUGCAGUGCCAUUUAUCCAAUUUCCUUGGAGCCAGCACAGCAGACACUUACCCAGCAAAUUGGUGACUCCUGCAUGCCUCGAAGUGAUCCUAAUUUAUCUGCACCUGAGAAAGAGGCAAUACAGGGCUGUGGCGGACAGCAUCCCACUCCUAGAGUAAUGAACCCAACUCCAAGUAGUUGGAGCCUAGACAGUGGUAAGGAAGCGCGACCCUGUGUACCAGACAAUGCAAGACUGGUGUCUCCUCCUGUCCCACCCAGACCAACACAGACAGGUUCACCUGCAAAGACAUACAGAUCCUUUUCUCCACAGGCAUUUGAUACUCCACCUGCACUUCCCAGAUCUCCUCAUAAGGGUUCUGUUCAAUCAUUGACACCUUCACCUACCGAUUAUCAAUCUUUGGGGCCAGUUUACAAUUCUCCCGUGUUGUCUGGAAGUAGUAGCAGUGGUAUCUCCUCUCUGAGCAGGGGAAGUGUAACUGAAACUACUCUGACUGAUGGAACAAUUACAUGUACCUUCAUUGGCUCUGAGGAAUUAAUUAAAAAGGAGAAUGGAACCUUUGCUUGCAUGCCACCACGGUACAACCUAGCUGAACAAAGCACUGGAACAUCAAGACGUCGAGCUCCUCUACCUCAUAGCCUGUCUGUUCCUGCCAGUGCAGAACCACCAGCCCUUCCUCCUAAACCCCAUGUAUUACGUGUACAUAGGUCAGAAGGUGAAAACAGAAUGGAUGAAGUUCUUGUUAGACCUCGAUCUCAACCUCGCAAAGUUUCACAGCUAUAGAAAAGCAGAAGAAAAUCAUCUGUGACAUUUAAAAAGACGUGCAUUCUUUUCAACCUAAAUGGUAAUUUGACCAAGAAAAUCCAGGUGGGCACCUUAAACAAUUUUGACCAAUUGUAUGGAUCCAUUAGCUAUAAAGAUUCUGUAAAUAUAUAUUGAAAUUGUUUUGCACAACAGGUCAGGAUGGGGGAAAAAUAAAUUUGCAGCAGUUCGCCAGUGGCAAGCAAUAUUACUGCUAUUAAUAUGUACACCAUGCCUUUUGUUUUGGAAUCAUCAUUCACCAGAAUAACUGAUGCAGAAGCAACUGUGCUGUUCAACUUCUAUUAACAUUUUCAUGAUGUACACUAAAGUUUAUACACACACAGCUUAUACACUCAUAAUGUCUUUCUCUAAAAGGAGCUGGUUAUUUUAUUCAUGUUUCACAAUUUCCUACCCCAGAUCUUCUCUCUCUCACUUCAUUUUUUACCAUUUUGUUUAGAAAUUGAAUUAGUGCCCAAAUGUUUGCUACAACCUUCAGUUGCACAUUUUCAGCGAUAAAUAUACAAUAUGUUGCCCAUGAGUCAAGCUGGGUAUGGGACUUGGACAUGAUAAUUGUAACUUUUGCUGUGGCCAUGAAAAAGAAUAGAACAUUCAAUACAAAUUAUGCUUGCUGUUUUUAAUAAAGCUCAAAACAAAUUGUCUUCAAGACUGUAAACAAUAAGCAGUUCAUUAGUUUUACUUGCUGACUCAUUUCUCACUCAUUAUACUUGUUCAGAACAGAAGUUCCCUGGCUGACCUUAAAUUUGACUAUGUAAUAAAGAACGAUGCGAUUAAGGCUUUAAAACAGAAAGCAACAAGACGAAAUCUUAGUGAGGAACAGAAUGAGAACCUGUGCAAAUUGCGAGGGGCUGCAGUGUUUGGUUUAAGUACUAACACUUCAUAAUUAAUUAAUACCACUUACAUUAUGAGUUCACAAUUGCUGCUCCAUACUUUCAUUUGUCAUUGAAUAAAGUUGCCCUUUGAUUUGUACCGGGCCUCGUCUGAUUAGAUGUACUGUUGGACUGUCCUGAACAAGACUGGGGAGGAACUGGGCAUUGAAAAUCAUGAAUGGCACACAAGUUAAUAGUGACAACAUUGUUACAUCCUGAGCUGUGCUACUAUAUAAUUUGGAUAUUGGUUAGUAGAGGCAUCCGCAAGCAACCUUGUUUGUCCUUGGUUGUGUAUCCUAAACCCAAGGUCCAUUAAUGCAUUGUUUCGUUCACAGAUAAAUUUUAAUCUCCUUUUCAAUACACAGAUAAAUUUUGGAUGAGCUGUACCACCCAUUUGCACAGGCCGUAAGGACAAAUUUCUAUUACAUUAUGUUUAGCCUCUUUAUAGUUAUGCCUAACAUUGAUGCAUCAAAGAAAAUUUUGACAAAAAAAAGCAAUAAACUGGACACCACCCCAAUAGGUCACAAACCUCAUUCAGCAAAGCCAAAUUCAACAGCAAAAUACUAUGGGGGCUGGAAAUCUAAAAUAAGUACAGAAAAUACUCUUCAGAUUAAUGAGUAUUGACCAGAGUUGUUAACUUGGUUUCCCUCCAAAGAUCUGUCCUUCACAUGUGGAUUAUUUCCAAGUUAUUUUUUUACGAUAAUAUCUUAAGUGGUUUGCAUUUCAGGAAAGCAAAUAAUUUUUUGCUCUUGCAGCUCUUUUGUCUCACCAUAUUGUUAAUGAAGAAUCACCCAGAAUUUACAGCACCAACAGAUGAUUCACAUGAAUAAGUAUACACCAGUUUGGUAUACUGACUUUCACUAUACUUCCUUACAUCCUGUUAAAAAGUACCUCCAAUCCUUUCCCCACGUAUAUUUAGAUUUUGUUAUAAAUGGUGAUCAUUUUGCACACAGUAAAGGUUCAAGCCCUAAGAUGGGUACAGAUUGUGUUAAGUGUUUGUUUAGGUUAAUUUGCAUGUUCUUUAAAAAUAUUACAUCAUGUAAGAUUUUUCUGUUCUAUCAAGAUAACAGUUAUGUCUAUGUUUUUGAUAUGAAAUGGGAUUUAGCUUGGAAGGAUUGUGAAGCUAUUUUUUAUGUUGAGGCAACAAGUUUGAAGCCUGAGUAGUCACUUGAAAUGUUGUAAUGUAAUUGACAUUACACAUACUUAAGAGUUUAAGCUAAAGGUCAGUGAUUUGUGCAAUUUAAAAACAAAAGUUUAUGAAAUGUUCUGUCUUUUCCUGUUACACAUUACAUUACCCAUUGUAUUUUUCUCACCCCUUAAAGAAGAGCCUUUUAUCUUUAGUUUAAAAAUAAUUUAAUUAGAUUUAGUUUAGUUUCUGUCAAUCAGGUGCCUACCUGAAUACUUUUAGGUUGCAAAAAGUAUAUUGAAGUUCUGUUCUGAUUGCAUGCUACUUUUAUAAAAGGAUUAGUUAUUCUGGUGCCAGAGGCCUUUAUCAACCCCUAUAUCUAUUGGAGUACUUGUUCAUUUAAUAACAAUAAACUAUAUUUUGACAUUUUGAUCUGAAAACAAAUUCCAAGAGGAUUCGCCAAAGUAGUUAUGUGGAAUUUCUUUUCAGGAUUUCAAAAUGUUGUUACUUACAGAAAGGAUUAGUGUUUAUAAGAAUUGUAUUACAUUAAACUUAAAAUAGAUGAUAAAAGGGCUAACUUAAACAUUCAUUAGAAAAGCACAAACUGUAUGUCAGAUGCAGAGUGGCACUGAGGCCACUAUUUACCACUGCAUCUUGACAUGUGUAAAAGGGAAGUGAAUGUUUAUAUCUAAAAGGUAUAUUUCUUGGAAAUUUUUCAGGCUGAAAUUAAUAUAGAGGUAACAUGUUAAAAUGGGGCACAGAAGAAUUUCUGUUCAAUUCUCAGUAGAGUGGUUUCUGGAAUGCAAGUACAUGUUGAAAUUAUGAAGAGGAUUUUUACAAUAUUGUAUCUUUCACUAACAUUAAUUGUAAUAGUUAUAGUACUAUGUCAUAAGAAGGAGAUACUGGACCACAAACACACCUUAUUAAAAUAUGCACCAGAAUAAUAGUUAUUUUGCUUUCAGCCGAGUUGAGGCUACUUUUUUGAUUUUAAAAUUCUAUACAGGUAUUGCCAUAAUUUCUUUCCUAACCAGAUACUCGAUGUGAUCGUCAGAGACUAAGAUAUCUAAAUAACUGCUUUGUUUCUUUUAAGUCAUCUCAGUGUUAAACCACUCCCUAUCACAUGCUGCUAUUAUUGUAUGUAAUUGGUGUUGCAUGCAGCCUGUUGUCACUGAUGUAGGAAAUUGUAGACAAUGAGAAACCUCAUAGAAUAAUGCAAACAGCCCAUUUUGUAUAAUUGGCACCACGUUUAUGUUGAUUCAAUCUACUUUUGGAACUUACCAAGUUCACCAUAACUACUUUGUACUUUCAAUAUCCCUAAAUAAGUGAUGAAUCCAGUGCUCACUGCCAUCUAUCAAACGUUGCUGAAAACUUGAUUUGCAUGAAUCUACGUGAACAUAGCUCUUGUUUUUAUGCUACUACACUGAGAUAGAGUACCCCAUCGACAAUGCCGACGUUCGCAAUUCGAAGGUACUAGGAGUGCCCAUUCAUGUUCGCUGACGUCAGCAGCAGCCUGUCGCAUCACUCUUGUCAUUUUCUGUGUUGCCACUUCAAAGAGUAAUUUCCAUUACUGGUGACAACAUUUCUGAUCAUGUAGUUAAUCAGAGUCUUCACGGUGGCCUGGAAAAUCCAUUUCAGACACAUUUGAAGUAAAACCUGAUCCAUUUGAAAUCAGCAUACAGGUAUAUUAUGUACUGAGCCAUUUGUUAACAUGUAUUCUGCUUUUUGUUUUGCUCCCUAUCCUGCAAAGGCCCUGUUGUUACUCACUACAGUUCAGUUACCAUAGCCAAAUAUAUUAUAAUAUCAACAAUAAUCAAUAAUAUCUGUAUUGUAACCUUGAAGCUUUUGGAUUGGUGUAAUGAUCCAAAAGUUUGGUAAUGAACUCCUCCUGUUCUUCACCAUAGAAUUGUAUCCAAUUUCAACAGGCUUAAUUCUUGACUGUCCUCUAAACCACAAGAUUGUAUCAAACCCCAAAUGUGGUUCAGGAUGGUAUCACAGUGUCACCUAAUUGUUUCUUUAGCCUUUUAGUCAAUAGGAGAGGUGCAUCCACAUUGACAAAAAGGCAGGGUCAUCUUUCCUGUGCAAUCUCUACAGAAUGUAGUUGAUACAUCUGCAUAGUAUCCUAUUUUGAAAAUUUGAUUGUAUUGACUUUGUUUCAGAACCAAAUUUUAGAAGUAACACUUAGCAUACCUGACAAAUAUUUAGUAUUUCCAUCUCACCUGAUGAAUGUAGAGCAUUUUUUAACCACUCACCUAAUUUUGUUUCCAUUCCCAGACAUUCUCCUGUUGCAAUGACUCGGAAUUUGCCUUUCAUGUGGAAUUUAUUCAAAAUAUCAAGUGCACCACUUUCCAUGGUUCAUGUGGGUUAACUUUUGCUCAAAGCACUUGACACUUGUCAGGCAGAAUUUACAUUGCUUUUUAUAUACUAUUUUAUGCAGGAAAUCUUAAAUGUACUAAUUAAGAUCAUUAGGAUCUUAGUUUGUCCUGUCUGUAUUCCUGCCUGCUUCUUGAAUAUGAAUUCCUUUUGCAAACAAUCCCCAAACUACUGGUGUUAAUAACCUGAUCACAAUGGCUCACUAAUCCUGAAUGCCAUUUCCAAACUGAAGAUUAUAGAACACUUUUGAUAAUUAUUUUGAGCCCUUUGGGAUCCUUUCAGAACAACCAUUGCAUUUGUAUCGGUGAAAUGAACCAUUGAGUAAACCAAUAAUUACUUACUGCUUUUUUUCAUACAAUAAUCUCAAGCAAACAAUUUAAAAUUGUCCACUGACUUGUUAUUUGCUGCUUUGUACAAUCAUCCAUGGUGAACAUUGUCCUUCAAUUUUGAAUAGGUUAUCUGCUUGGGCAAAACAUAGUAUUUACAUCUUCCAAUGAAUGUUUAAGGAAAUAUAUACAGCAUAUUACUAUUUGGCACUAAUCCAGUGCUUUGAUUCACAUACCAUACAAAGCAAUGAACUAACUGGUUCUGGUGACAAUUAUAAAGCUCAAAAGAGAAGUCUCAGAUAUUCAGGGGUCUGGUUGCUCACUGACAAGGAAUAACUUUAGAUAUCUUUGUCUCUGAAGAAACUGAGUACCAGUGAUGUAAGUGUGACUUUGGUCAUAAGCAACACAAAAAUUGUAAUUGUACAGAAAUUAAAGAUUUCUAAUGUUUUAAUUAGGAUUGAUUAAAUUUGUUAUUUAUAAAUGUAAAAUAAACUAAUUGUAAUGUUACUGCUCUAUUAAUUGCCCUUUUCGCGGCUGCUGUAAAAAUGCAUUAUGGAUACAAGUACUGGUAUAUAUUAGAUGUUCAGUGCAAUUUUGUGUAGCAGCACUGGUAAAACUGUAUGGGGAAAAUCAAUACAUGUUCAGUUAAACUAAAACUGUAUUAAAACUGCUUAGUUUGAUAAAGAUGAAAACAAAUGCACUUUCUUUAGAGGCUCAGUAUAUUUCAAUAUGUGUUUUCUCUGCUCCCUUGACCUGAUUACCAUACCUACUAUCACUGACCAGACCCAUGAUCCAGAAAGCUGUUAUUCAUUUCUUUUCAUUGAAAAAGAACAUGGAUGUACCUUUGCCAUAAAAGUUCUGAACAUACUCUGGCCUCAGAAUGCAGUGCAUUUACAGAUGUCUAAUUCUUCAACAGUUUUAUUUUGAGAAAUUCCAGUUGCUUUAGGUCACCUUUGUGCAUGCUGUAUCCAGCUACUAGUUAGUACAAAGGGCUGCCCUAAUGAGUUAAAAUCAUCACCAAUUUACAUCAUGAAUGCAGAUGCAACACAUCUUUAAUCCUACGCCUAGUUUCUGUGCAAUGACUUUGUACAAGACAUCAAAAAUAAUAGUAUGAAAAUUUUAUUAAAAAAGGUAAACAGUUGGGGGAAUUAAAGAGAAUACAGUGUAGUGAAUAUUACGUUUUUAAUAUAAAUUAAAAUUCUGUAGGAGUUUUGACAAAUUGAGCUUUUUAAUAUUCAAAGAGCAAAUUAUACAAUGUGAAUGUUGUUGCGUUGCCAAAUGUUUAUCUAUUAAGAUUGUACAUAAGUUUUUAUAAAAAUUCAGCCAUAUUAACUUACAACAUUGAAUGUUGGAAGAACAAAUUCCUAAUAUAUGUUUAGUAUUUAUAUGCUGUUUAGUGAUGAUAUGUAAGCUCAUAGGAAUACAUUAAUCUUAUUGAGCAUUUAUUAAAAUGCUAGUUCUGGAUUUCUCUUCAACUCUGAUUCCUUUUUGCAACAAACUGAGUUAUCACUUUUCGGUAAUGUAAUUUGUUGUCAAAGCACAUGAAAGCCUAAAUGACUGUAUUUUAUUAAAAAAUGUUUGUACAAUUAAUUUUGCUUCCUAAAUCUUGAUAAGAUGUCAAAAUAUCCAAACUGUAUCAAACUUGCUUACAGUAUUGUCUUGUAUGAUAUUUUUGUAUAUAUUCAGUACACUUGCCGAGGGUCACUGUUUUCUUAUAUAAAUAACCAUAUGCAGUGUUUUGUUGGUAGCCAUCAACUGUUUCCAAGCAUUCUGAAUGUUGUAUACAAGGCUGCCAGAUCAUCUUUUUACGGAUGAGGUUUUUGUGACGUUUUCGAUAACUGAUGGCACACGGUGACUAUGCUAGAAUAUUCAUGAAUGAAAAUAAAGAAAACAUUUUA